AAUAAUUUCCAUUUAGUUACCCUCAAAACUUGAAGUCUUUCUGGUUUUCAAACAUGAAAAACCAUGAAGGAGAAGAAACCACUAGUCGGAGAAUAAUCUUGUUUCCCCUACCUGUUCAAGGUCAUCUCAGUCCCAUGCUUCAGCUAGCAAACAUUCUUCAUACCCAAGGUUUUAAAAUAACAAUCAUAUACGUUCAACAAAACCCUCCCAAUUAUUCAAACUAUCCUCACUUCACCUUCAAGCCCAUUGCUGACGGGUUUUCCGAUAUCGGAAAGCACAUGCCGGAGAAACCAGACCCUAGCUUUUACAUUACGUACCUUAAUGAACACUGUGCAGAUUCAUUUAGGGAUUGUCUAGCUGGGUUGUUGGCUGAACCCCAUGAGCCACCAGUGGCCUGUUUGAUCACCGACGCCGAAUACUACGUCACGCAGGAGAUCGCCGACUCCUUGAAGGUCCCUCGAGUGGUAUUCUGGGCUUGCACCAUUGUUUCUGUUCUUGUUUAUCAUGAUUUAUCUUUUUUCUAUGAUAAAGGUUACUUCAACUUUACAACAAAAGAUCCAGAAUAUGAAGUGCCGGUGCCCAAAUAUCCGCUUUUGAAAGUAAAAGAUGUCAUAAAGACUGCAACGAACCCAUAUGGUAUGGGGAAAUAUCUAGCCAAAGUGAUGAAACAAGUAAAGGCAUCAUCGGGAAUUAUUUGGAAUUCCUUCAAAGAACCGGAAGAGGCUAUAUUAAAAAUUCUUAGCCAUGAUUUUCCUAUUCCAACGUUCACUUUAGGCCCACUUCUAAAGUAUUUACCAUUGUCGACCUCGGGCAUCAUUUUUGAACAAGAUCAAACUUUUUUCUCAUGGCUAGAUACUCAGGCCCCCAAGUCUGUGAUAUACGUAAGUUUUGGGAGCCUUGCAGGCAUAACCAAGUCGGAAUUUCAAGAAACGGCUUAUGGGUUGGUGAAUAUGAAUAUUCCUUUCUUGUGGGUGGUACGGCCAGGGAUGGUUAAAGGUUCAGAAUGGAUCGAGUGGUUGCCUGAGAAGUUCCUAGAAGAAGUGGGUGACAGAGGGCGCAUAGUGAAAUGGUGUCCUCAAAAAGAAGUGCUAGCACACGAGGCGAUAGGGUGUUUUUGGACUCAUAGCGGAUGGAAUUCAACAUUGGAGAGCAUAUGUGAAGGAGUACCCAUGAUUUGUUCACCUUGUGAUGUUGGGCAACCAAUAAUUGCAAGAUAUGUGAGUGAUGUUUGGAAGAUAGGUAUUUUGUUGGAGGAUGGUCUUGAAAGGGAGGGAAUAAAGAGAGAGCUCAAAAGAUUAAUGUUGGAUAAAGAAGGUGAAGAGAUUCGUUGUAGAAUAAUUGCUUUGAAAGAUGAGGUGAACAUCUCUUUCCAUGAAGGUGGAUCUUCACAUCGAUCGCUACAGAGUUUGGUUGCUUACAUUCAAUCGUUUUAGCUUCACAAAUCACUUUGAUUGUACUUAAGCCCAAAUGUCAGACAAAAAUAAUAUAAUGUUCGAUCUGAAUGAAUACAUAAAUAAAUAAAAUCAAAAUACUAUUUGUAUGGA